UUUGACAGAUGCCAUGUAGACUGUUCAUGUCUUGUUUCGUCCUUUGCUUAUUUUUGUAAUUUGAUUUCUUAUAAUGUAGUCAUAUGUUUGUAAUGUGAAUAACUUAUCCAAAAAUGUUAGAAAACGUUCUCGAGAAGUUUUAUGAAACAGUAUUGGCCUUUAUAACAGGAGCACAUAACUCUGUAAAAGGACAAUUAAUUAAAAAACAUUGUGAAAACCUCUCAACACAUGGCGACAUUAGUUUUCCAAAUACUGUGAAAUCGUGGCAUGAAUAUCUAAAUACAACCGUUGAUGUGGAUCCAGGCGUUACAUUAUUAAGUUUUAUGGAUAAACAAGUGGAAGAUUUAAUUGAACAGUCUAAGAAUUGGGUACUAAAAAUACGAAAAGUGAACGAAUCCAAAGAGCGUGUUUACAUGUUCAUCGAACGCACGCACGCUAUACGUGUGGGCUUGUUGGAAGCGUCGAGGAAUAAUGAAUUUAUAGAGCAAAGUAUACGUGAAGGCACAUCAAGAGUGCUUAGUGACCCAGUUGAAAAUGAAAACUCUAUUACAUCCCUUCGUGUAAAGUAUCUUACGAAGUCAAUACAAAACCUUUAUUGCAUUAAUUCAAAGUGUAAAAACUCUUUUUAUAAUAUUAUAGUAAGUUCCAAGUCUUCCAAUGCCUGUGAUGGAGGCAGAAAAGUUUUGUGUGGUGCUGUGCUUAAUGCAAAAACUGGAGUUAAAGAGACAUCAGUUAGUGGUGAUGAAUUUAUUAGGAUAAGACAAGGAGAAAUGACAUUAAUAGCACAACACAAAUAUGGCGUGAGGGUGUCCACAGAUACAAAAUGGAAAGAGUUCAUAUCACACCUCGGUGAAUCCGCUGUUGUGUUUGAGUUGCUUCAAAUAAAACCUAAUAGUGCAGUAAAAAUUAACUUUGAUUGCUCCUCUACUGGUUCCAGUAAAGGAGCUGCAUUCAUUUUAUACAAUUGUGCAAGACUGGAGACAAUAUUAAGAACUUACAAUGACAAAGUGAUUGAAGGCUCAUAUCCAGCUUUACCCAAAUAUGAAGAUGUAGAUCUGUCUUUGCUAACGCAAGAGGAUGAAUGGUGCCUGAUAUUCAACUACAUUUUGGGAUUUCCAUCCCUCAUUGCCAACUGUGUUGAAAUAAAUGAGAAGAAUUGCGAAUUUCGACCGCACCUCAUAUGUAACUUCCUAUGCUCUAUGGUCAGGGUGUUUAGUCAGUAUUAUAGAAGAGUAAGGAUAUUAACAGAACCAAGGAAACACAUGCUGCCCGUAAUGUUCGCUCGCAUAUAUAUGUUGAAAACAAUAAAUGAUACGCUCAAAACAUGUUUACACAUAUUAAAUAUUAAAAGUGUUUCACAAAUGUAAA